ACCCAACUAGCGUGCCAAGACUGUCAAGGCGUUUGAGGGUGGGAACUGUAUAGGGCCAUACAGACUCGCCGGCAGAGGCUGCCAAGAGUCCAAGCUUGGCACCAUCUUCGCGCGCCGCAAUCACCACUAAGUCUUCACCAAAACUCAUCCGGGCGGACUUACUCCACACAGUCGUGUUAGACUUGAACACAGUCGCUUUACACGACCCGGGUAGAAGGGGUUCGACGUUUCUUUCUGCCGACCACUUUGUCUUACACACACAGUAUACUUACCGUCCCAUUGUCCCGCUUUCUUUCAGUACCAUGUCCAGGAUACAACAACAAACAAAGAAGCCCAUCAAGAGGGUGGCCGUCAUCGGUGCGGGGCCGGCCGGCGCCAUUGCCAUUGAUGCCCUCGCUCAAGAAAGGACGUUUGAUCUCAUCCGCGUGUUUGAGAGACGUGAAGGACCGGGAGGAUGCUGGAUCGGCGACAACAACCGCCCACAACCUCUCAACGGCUUCGCCUCUCUCUCCAACCGCACCGCCGACCCACCAGUUCCCAUCCCGCACACUCUCCCUGCCCUGACACCCAAGCUGGAACAACCGCGCUUCACCGAGUCCUCCGUCUACCCCUACCUGGAAACCAACGUCGACGCCAUCCCCAUGCAGUUCAGCCAAGAGCCGUUUCCCUCAGAGAAGAGCAAGUUUUCUAUCAACCUCCACGGUCCCAACACCCCGUUCCGGCACUGGAAGGCCGUACGGAGGUACAUUGAGGGACUGGUGAGUCGAAACGGGUAUCAGGAUCUGGUGUCGUAUAACACGACGGUCGAGAGAGUGGAAAAGGUCGGCGAUGAGUGGAAGGUGACGCUGCGCAAGGAAGGACAGCAGAAGGAUUAUUGGUGGGUGGAGUGGUUCGAUGCCGUAGUUGUGGCCAGUGGACAUUAUUGGGUGCCGUGGAUUCCUGCGAUCGAAGGUCUGGAGGCGUUCGAGAAGCAGAGGCCGGGAAGUGUGAUUCACAGCAAGCACUUUCGGGGGAGGGACCUUUACAAGGGCAAGAAAGUCGUAGUAGUAGGCGCAUCCGUCUCCGCCGCCGACAUCGCCUACGACCUCGCCCACUCGCGCACCGCCCAGACCCCCGUGCACGCCAUCACCGUCGGCCACAACUUCAACGGCUACUUCGGCGACGAGGCCUUCAAGCACCCGCGCAUCGAGAACCACCCGUCCAUUGCGCGCGUCUGCCCCAAGACCCGCACCGUCCACCUCGUCAAUGGCGAGUCCAUCCCCAACGUCGACCACAUCAUCUUCGGCACGGGCUACAGCUGGACCAUGCCCUUCCUUCCCCAGGUUCCGGUCAGGAAUAACCGCGUCCCCGACCUCUACCAGCAUGUCGUCUGGCAAAAGGACCCCUCCCUUCUGUUUGUGGGUGCCGUCGGCGCUGGAUUGACGUUCAAGGUGUUUGAGUGGCAAGCCGUUUACGCUGCAAGGAUACUAGCUGGUCGCGCGCAGGUGCCGUCGGUAAAGGAGAUGCAGGAGUGGGAGGAGAACAGGAUCAAGGUCAGGGGCGAUGGGCCCAAGUUCAGUUUGAUCUUCCCGGAUUUUGAGGAGUACUUUGAGGCGUUGAGGAACCUGGCGGGUGAGGGCGAGACGGCGAAGGGAGUGGGCAGGGAGUUGCCCAAGUUUAGGCCGGAGUGGUUUAGGGCGUUUAUGGAGGGGCAUGAUGUGCGGAAGAGGAUGUGGAAGAGGGUGAAUGAGCAGGCGAGGGAGGAGGAGAAGGCGAAGGCGAAGGUGUUGGAGGGGGAGGUUAGGGCGAAGUUGUGAGCGGGCGGGAUGUGGGUUCGGGAUUACAAUGCUG